AUGUUUUAUUUUGCCACAAGUGUCAUUACACAGAGGGAUCACCACUCAGGGCAGCAAACCUCCAUCUCAAACAGUGUCUACUUUGCCUUGGUGGAUGCAUAUUUCAAACACUUCCUCCCUACAGAAGGAUCCCCUCACUCAGAUGUCAAAGGCACCUUGACCUCACACAUUCCAAGGUCCUCUAGGUAUAGUGAAACAAGCAAAGGCCUGUUGAAAUGCCAGUGCCCUGUUAACGCUGAGACAACCAAUCAGAGUAUCUGGAGAUCAGGGACUAUGCUACAGAUAUUUUUGGAGAUAUGGCUGCCACAUUUCCCCUUGGAGACACACCAGAAGCUUAAUGAGGUCUCUGUCAUCACAGAGGAGCACAUACUGGUGGUGAGACAGCUGGUGAAGCACAUGCAUGCCCUCUCUGGAAAAACAAAACUAGACCAGUCUGAUAUCUUACCUUCUGCCCACUCAGAAACCUAUCUCUCAGAAGAUUUUAAAAGAGUGGUCACAUCAGAAUAUGUACAGAGGUUGUACCUUCUCUUGCUGCACUGCUUCAAACAGUGGCCUAUGGAGACAUCCUUCAGAGCAGUAUUGGAGACGUGGCUUAGUUACAUCCAGCCCUGGAGAUACCAAAAACAUGUGUACAGUGAAAACAAAGAGAAAUGGGCCUCUUUCAUUCAGGAGAAUAUUCUCAUGUACACCAGGCUAUUCAGCUUCUUCUUGAAAAGAUUUGCUCAUGUCGACCUCGUCAACGUCGACAAUGCAACCAUGGUUUUCAGGAUGACAAAAGUAUUUGCCCAAACCAGUCUUCCAGAAUUGAUUGAAAAUGGAGAAAAAUUGCUAUUGCAUCAGGGUCCCCUCCUCCCAUCCACUCUGAUGGCAUCUCAGGUGCAGCUCACUGAAAUAGCUGCCCUGCCCAAGACUCACAUCAAUAACAAGAAACUACAAAUGUUUGGGGUAGAAAUGCGAGCCGAGGUGCUGAAACUGGUCCAGAGACUAAUGCAGGCCCAACAGACUGCAAAAACCACAUUGGAUCCGCCAGCCAAUGUAUCAGUUGGCCAGUUUCUCUGUUCCUGGAAGAGGUUGAUUCUUAAAACCAAUUCAGAAAGUGGGGGGAAUGACAUGACCAAGUCUGACAUGAAGACAGUGGAGCUACUAAAGAAAACUGUGGACCACCUCAAUCAGGUUUUCAAUCUCAACACAGGUCAUCUAUCUCAGAUGAUGAUGAACAUGGGGUCAGUGGAGGAAUCCAAGCAGCUCCCUGACUGUAUUCACAGUGAAAACGGGCUGAUCCUGACAGACCUUGGCAGAAUGCAGAUUAUCAAUGGCCUUCGCAGAUUUGAUAUUGAGUAUCAAGGGGACCCACAGCUGCAGCCUGUGAGAAGCUAUGAAAACGCAGUCUUGGUGCAGCUUAUGUUUUGGAUCGCCACACUAAUCAAUAACAAACUUGAAGGACACAUGAACGAUCUAUGCUCACAACAGAACCUGCUGGGAAGGCUGGGACAACACUACCUUAUCACCUCCACUGUAAAAGGAAGGUUCCCAAGGAGUACAGUGACACAGCAAAGCCAGGACGACUACCACCUGCGGCCACGCCUUACCCUGCGCACAUUUGCGAGUUAUCGCACAUUACUCAUUCUCCUGUUACUCUACUCGCUGGGAUCUCUGUUUUCUAUUAGCCCACUGUUCAGCACAUGCCUCAUCUUAAUGUUGAGCUUUUUGUAUGGACUGUGCAUGACUGUCUACGUGGGAAAGUAAAAAAACGUUAUUCUGCGUCAAUGUGUGUGUUAUACCUAAUAAAGGUGUUUUGAACUCACCAACUUCAAUUGAC